CACAGUUUUAAAACAUUAAACUUUUAUUAAGCGUGGAAGCCAUGUUUCUAUUCGAGUAAGUUUUUUCGCGACGUGCACGUUGGCAUGAAAAUGUACGAAACUACAAACAUCAUUGCGUAUAAAUAAAAAACCAUUUCAUGCGAAGAAAAGUUUUCGAAGAUAAAAAAACAGGAGAAAGAUGUGGCUGUUAAGAAAAGCUAUGGGACACCCUGAGGUGUAUCCGUUGGUGGCAUGUGUCGGAGUUGCUGCUUCGUUGGGGAUUGGUGCCUUGAUCAAAUCAACACGAUAUCCUGACGUCGUAUGGAAUCAUAAAACUAACCCAAGCCCUUGGUUAGACAUGAAACAAACCGACGAAGUCAAAUGGUACAAGACACGUGACUAUUACAAAAACAGAACCGAUGAUGUUCCGAAGUAUUAAUCCGAAAUAUCCGAAUCUCUUAAUGAACUUUUUAAUUUCGCACAUAACCGUUUUGUUAAUAAAAAGAUCUUGUAAUUAGAUGUAUAUAUUGAAAUAAUUUUUCACCAAG